UUAUUAUGAGCAAAGAAAAGGGACAAAACUCGUGCGUUUUAAUCAGCGAGUCAAUGCAACCGAUUUCAGAAUUGACUCAACAACUUCGAUCAAAUUUCAUUACGCUCAUACAUAAAGCGCAAAAUACAGACUCUGAUAGCGAACAACUUUGAAAUUCUUGAAUUAAGUGGACGAUCAAUCUAUUUAAUUUUUCAGAAAUCCAUAGCUAUGAAUUUCCCCCAAAUUCGAACGGAAAACCCUAACCCUAGCCCCAAAUUUUCCCUUUAGAUUCUCCCAUGUGCUAAUCUCCAAUUCCAAUUCUCCUUUCCCUUUUCUGGUAACUCACAAUCAAAACCCCAAUAAUAUAGGUAUAUUUAUACAUAUAUAAACAUAUAUCAGGAAUGGGGGAAUGUGGAGCUGGGAGUAUUGUUUGGGUCCGAAGACGAAAUGGGUCGUGGUGGCCCGGCAAAAUACUUGGGCCUGAUGAGCUUUCAGCUUCUCAUUUGAUAUCCCCACGAUCUGGAACUCCAGUUAAGCUUCUCGGCAGGGAAGAUGCCAGUGUGGAUUGGUACAACUUGGAGAAGUCAAAGCGCGUGAAAGCAUUCCGUUGUGGUGAAUUUGAUGAACUUAUUCAACGGGCUGAAACUUCCCUAGGUAUGCCUCCGAAGAAAAGAGAGAAGUAUGCACGACGAGAAGAUGCAAUACUUCAUGCUCUUGAACUUGAGAAGCAGCAGUUAGAUGAAAGGUAUGGGGGCUUAGGUUGUUCCUCCACUGAUAGAAGCAAUACAUCUAUUGAUGUUUUUAUUGGAAGAGAGUCGCGGACAUCAUCAAAAUAUUUGGAAAAUGGAAAUGGAAGACGUUUAAGAUCUAAGUCUCGUCAACUUUCUCAUAAAUCUGGUUUCUUCAUUGAGGAAAAGAGAACAUGCAACUUUUCAUCUGAAGAGGAACCCAAAGAUCAAAAUCAGUUGAGUGGAGACGAUGAUAACUACAGCGCACCUCCGAGGAUGAGAGGCUUACGGGAUUUGGGCCUCAGCACUGUUCCUUCAGAGCAUAGUGAUCCUCCAUCAAUUGCUUCAGAUGGUGCUGGCCAACCUGUGCUUGGUAGGAAUGCUGGUGCUGUUCCUGAUGGGAAUUAUAAUACAGAACGCCUAGUUAAUAUUGAGAGAAAAAGUUUGUUAGACAAAAGGAAAUUGUCAGAUGAAGGCUUGGCCGAAGAAAUUCUUGUCAAGAAGCGUGAUAGACACUUCCCUCUUGCUCAAGUUCUGGAGAGUUCUGCAAAAUUAUCAGUUUCUGUCCCCACGCCUGACUCAGGUUCUGUUUGCUUCUCUGAGAUGGGAGAGGAGCAGCCAGGAGUUGCAAAGAAAAGCAGGUGUAAUUUGGCAGAUGAAACUAGAGUCUCUUUGAGUGUUGAAGAAAGUAAUCCUGCCCAGAUAGAAUUUUCAACAUUGAAGCGCAAAGAUAAUUCUUCUCAUCCUGCUGAGUUGUGUCAACAGAAUGCUUCUGUGUCUACAGAGUAUACUGAAACUGAUUCUUCCGAGACAGAUUCUGCGGAAUCAGAUACUGACGAUGAGUUGGCCACACUCUCAGAUGGUGCGGCAUCUAUUGAACUAGAACCAAAAUAUAUAGGAAGAUCUGAAGCACAACCUGAACAUGGAAGCAUGAGCAGUGAGGAACUGGAUGAAUUGGCACUUACCGAUGGCACUUCUCAUACUGUCUCUGCUGGCUUUGAGGUAUCUAAAUGGCAAAUAAAAGGGAAAAGGAAUAAUCGAAGUCUUAACAGGAGGCCUCUGGAUACUUUUGAUGUAAACCUUGCGCGAAGACCCAGUCAUACGACUAAUUUCAAGGGAAAGAGAGGUUAUGGUUGUUCUCAAGAUGAUCCAGUUACUAAUUCUUGGGUGCAAAAUGCUGGAUAUGGAUCUAGAACUCCACAUAGUGCUACCAGAAACAUGUUCAGUUGGGCGGAUUGGGCUUGGGAUGAUCAACCUGCAAGCAGAGGUUACUGGGAGGAGUCCAGUGAGUAUUUUGAUCCUGUGAAUAACUACCAUCACUCUGGUGACAGGACCAUGCUGGUCGAUGUGGACUUAAAAGUCCAAUCAAGCUAUCAGAGAGAGCGCGUGCCUAUCAUUUCAUUGAUGAGUAAGAUAAAUGGGCAUGCAAUAGUUGGAUAUCCUAUCAAAAUUGAAGCGCUUUCAAAUGGUUCUUCUGAAGGCCUCCUUGGGGCAAUUGAUUAUAAUUUUCCAGAAACUUCUGAUUAUGAUACAGCACUCCAACCUCUGUGGAGGACUGCUCGCAGGACUGCCAAUGGUCGUGUUGCACGGCCCCAUGCAUCAUCAGCAUUGGAUAGUCCCGAAGGAAGUUUUGACCGUGACAAAUAUGUCCGAAAAGCUAGCGCUGGAGGUGUUGUUCAAAAGGGAAGCAUGACAAGAAAGAUUGUCUCCCAGCCUGCCAUAGAGAGAACAUUAUCAAGAAAGUCUGGGAAAAGGAUUAGUUUAUCUUCUAAUCAAAAGAUAAGAACACUUUCUUCAAUAGCCUUGCAGCAGAAACAUAGUGAUCUGAAGGGUAAUUCCAACAACUAUCAAGUGCAUGGGGCAAUCAAACGAGAGACACUGCCAACAGUCGUAGCUUGUAUUCCAGUUAAGUUAGUGUUCAGUCGGUUAAAUGAGGAGUUGGUGGGUCGUCAUCAGUAAUAGUUUACUGCUGGGGCUGAAGGAAAUCAAUACAGACAAUAAUCUAGUGGCUUGUAAAAUUUUAGAUAGGAUUAAUAAUAUUAUACCAUACCUAGUGCACCAUCUCUGGGUGAUCUCUUUUUGUCCAGGCCAAUGCAUUUCAGUUCGUGUAUCUGAGCAGCCUGAAUGUCAAGGUAAAGCAGAUAACUCAUAACAUGGGAGUUUGUUUCUGAUGGUACCUUAGUUGUACAUGGGUUUUUUUCGAUAAGUGAUUUUCUUUUUAGUUUUUGAUGUGUGGGAGGGUGGAAAACUGGAGAUUUGUUACACAGAUGUCAGGCUUUUAGAUUCACAGAUAUGAGAUUAUGAAUGUAAAUUGUAUAACGUAAAUUAUUGUAUGACUUUGGUGCCACAAACUUGGUGUCUUUCACUGUGCACCUUCCCAGUAAUUACUACAAUUUCUAGCUA